UAAAAAAAGUUUAUGUUGUCGAAAAACUUGUACUAAAUUUCAUGUAUAUACUUUUCAAUAAUAGAUGCAUUAAGUUUUAUUUGUAUUUGUAUAACUUAAAAGUACAUAAAAUUUUAUGACAUUUUUAAUGCAUAAAGAGCACAACGUUAAGUAUAUCGUACAUUUAGAUAAUCGAGCAAUGUCGAGAAAGGAAAAAGGAAAGAGUAAAGAUAUCAAAAGAAUAUAUUUUAUAUUUGAAAAGCACGGAAGGAAAUCUAAAGAUGAUAACGUUUUUGUAAAAAGUAUCACCAUUGACCAUAUUGAAAGUAUUAUUUGAUAUUUUUUUAAUAAUCUCAGAGUGUUUUAAUUAUAUAUACAUCCCAUUGAGAAUAUUAAUUAUUUAAAAGAAGAUUAUAGAUAAUAUCCAGUAAAACUGUCUGUAUAAAAUCUCUCGCUAUUGUGGGCGGCCCGCGUCAUUCGAUUGCCCAAUGAUGAAAGGAGCGCGUGUUCUCACCAUUGAGAGACAACGCACCUAACGAGUAUACAAGUGCAUAUGUAAUCGCACAAGAAAAUUGCAAUGCUCCAUAAAUGGCUUAUUAUGGCAGCAAGGAUUCUCUCCAAGUAUCGGGUCGCUAUUUUCGACUUUGUACCGAACGGACGUACGCAUGCAUUUCGCAUACAUUUCAUUUGAAUGAACCUCAACAGAAUAGCCUAUAAUUUCAAAGCGGGACAUAAUGUUUUAGUGUCCCAAGUCUUAAUAAUAAAUAAUAGCUUUAUUGAAUGCAUCGGUUUAGAAGCAACAAUAAAAAAAGAUACACGAAGAAAGAAAUUGAUGAAAACGUUGCAAUAGACGAGGUAGGAAUUAAAAGAGUUGAUUUGAAGAUAAACCUGAGCGUGUAUAAACGCAUACACAUUGAAUUAAAUAUGAGAUGAUACACAAUAUAAAUAUAAAAUGUACGAUAUAUCUUUAAUAACGUCGCACAAUACUUCUCGAGUCUAAAGAGCCGCUUGAUUUAGUAAUUGAUGUUACGUGAUACAAACCGCAUUUAAUCCCUAGUUGUCUUGAAAUUACAAAUUAAUCAUUCUGCUAAGGCAACUGUAACUCCUUCGCUACGGAAUCGUAGCUAUCGAGGAAGAAGAAGAAGAAGAGGAAGAGGAAGAGGAAGAGGAGGAGGUAUCGUCAAAAUAGCGCUGGGCUGUCGAGGCUGACCUCACCUUUGCGAUUCCGCAGUGGUGUGCACUGUGGAUUGACGCGACGCGACGCGUCGAGAGUGAUGUGAUAAUAAAAUAAUUAGUAAAUCACACACACACACACACAAGCCACAAUCGCAGUGAGAUGGUUCUUACCUCCUUGCACGCUAGCGUUAUCAAGGAAGAGGAAACGUAUAACGCGAUUGAUCGUGUUAUCAUAAUCUAUAAUAUCGAUUCUAUUGGAAAGAAUAGCUAUAUCGCGCGUGGGUCACAAUUUCACGCCAAUUCAGGCCUAUAAUUGAGGCCAAGAUGUAAGAAAUAAUAAGAAACGUGAAACAUACAAGUACGCGAUUAAGAGUGGAUAACGCGAUGAGUAGAUACGCUUGUACGAAAAGUAAUUAUUCUACAUUUUAUUCAACAAAUCGAAUCAACUUGAACGAGAGAAUGAAAUUUGCGAGAGACGAAAGUUUUCUUCUUUACUGGCCAAUGGACUUUCGACUCGUGGACUCGUAGACUCGUAGACUCGACGGGUCCCAGUACCAACAGUUUCUAGACAGCGUCAAGAACUGGAUUUCCUGGCCCGUAGAUCGAAAAACGAGAGUCGUUAAUCGUUAGUUCGGUCCUUGGCGACCGGAACGACGGCGGCGCGGGUCUACGCUACGGCUCGCUAAAAAUACCGUGACGCAGCCGGCAACGGCAGCGGCAGCGGCAGCGGCAGCGGCAGCGACCGUCGAGCGAGAGUGAAACGGCGACUUCGUGCCCAUUUUCAUUGUCAAUCUUUUUUAAACGACAUCGAUGCUAUUCACGUCGCGUAUGAUCAUCACGUGUCACGAAUAAACGCAAACAAGAUGGUUGUUGGAGAAGCAAGUAUACAUAAUAUAAUGGGGGGUAUGGAGAGCACGGGUGGCGUCCGUCUUCAUAAUCACAAGCGAAAGCUGAAGCAAAGGUUCGACAUUAUAAAGAAAUUAGGACAGGGUACCUAUGGCAAGGUGCAAUUAGGAAUAAACAAGGAGACUGGUCAAGAAGUGGCGAUAAAAACGAUUAAAAAGUGCAAAAUAAAAACGGAGGCUGAUCUAAUCAGAAUACGAAGAGAGAUACAGAUUAUGUCGAGUGUUCAACAUCCAAAUAUUAUUCACAUUUACGAAGUAUUCGAAAACAGAGAAAAGAUGGUGCUGGUGAUGGAGUACGCAGCCGGGGGAGAACUAUACGAUUAUCUAAGCGAACGCAAAGUUUUGAGUGAACAAGAGGCCCGCAGAAUAUUCCGGCAGAUAGCUACCGCUGUUUUCUAUUGCCAUAAACACAAAAUCUGUCACAGAGACCUGAAGCUCGAGAACAUUUUGUUGGAUCAAGUUGGAAAUGCCAAGAUAGCCGAUUUUGGUCUCUCGAACGUGUUCGACGAACAGCGAUUGUUAAACACGUUUUGCGGCAGUCCAUUGUACGCGAGUCCGGAAAUAGUGAAAGGAACUCCUUAUCACGGACCGGAAGUGGAUUGCUGGAGUCUAGGUGUUCUACUAUAUACGUUGGUCUAUGGUGCUAUGCCCUUCGAUGGGUCUAACUUUAAACGACUAGUCAAACAGAUCUCACAAUCCGAUUAUUUCGAGCCCAAAAAGCCAUCCCCCGCUUCGCCGCUUAUAAAGGAGAUGCUCACGGUGUGUCCCGGCAGACGUGCCGACGUCGAGAGAAUUUGCACUCACUGGUGGGUGAACGAAGGUUACGAGCAGAAUUGUCUCGAUAUCGCCGAGGAUUUGGCGGCUCAGACUCCAGUUCGUCUGGAUCUGUUGCUCUCUCUAGUGCCACAGUCGGCCAGCGCCGAGAAAUUACUAGUGGGAGACGAUCAGCAGCAGCAGGCAGGCGGAGAUGUCGCUAAUAGCAUGUCUUCCGAAACGUUGGUGCCUACCAGAUGCCAUUCGGUUGGUAGCUUAAUGGAGCUCGAUCGGAAUAGCUCCGACAGACGAAUAAGGGAGUUGUUCGAAGAGGAGCCGAGGUCUUCCGCGGCCGGAGACGCUAAAAGAAAACUCGAGACGACACCAUCGAUGGAUGAGACGGCCGCAGUGGGCGUGAAGAGGAAAGAGAGAUCCAGAAGGAAAGAAAAGUCAGACGAGAGAGAGCCUAGAGCAUAUAGAUCUUCAUCAAGGUAUCGUUGUUCUAGACAUCAUUCGGCUCCAAUUCCAAAUUCUAUAUCGGAAGAAGCGAUGGAAGUGGAACCAGCAGCCAUUGUAACUGUUCCUAUGAGUAAGACUGUUGAUUUUGAUAAAAUUGAAGAUACGGCAGCUUGUCUAGAGCUGAUUGAAGAAUUAAGGGAGAGAUCGCCAAGUAAAGAGAAGAGCGAGACUCCGUUGAUAAGCGAAUGUCAACAGUCACGCGAGCCAAUGUCUACCGAGAGCGUUCAGCAAAUAUGUGAAAUUAAUCAAAAGACUAGCGACGAUCGAGACGAGUCGCGACAAAAGUGUAUCAAAUCUCGUAACGAUAAUUCGUAUGGAGACAUGGUUGAGAAGACGACGCUGGUCGCGUCGGAAAACACGCCUAAGCAAGUAGCGAAUGAGAUGGUAUUUGAUAAAAAAUCGGGCGAUCUGGAAUCAAAAGUGCCAAAUGUAAGCAACGUGAAAGCGAGUGUCGGAAAUAAAACGUCCGUGUCGCGAGACGUGCAACAAUUUGAAUCAAUGGAGAAUGAUUUCAAAAAGCUGAAAGAAAAGGCGCUCUCCUUAGACUCUGAACUAUCGAACGAGGUGGCGAACGUUGCUCCAACUACUAAACCUGUCGAAAGACGACGUUCCAAAAUAUUUGAGACGGCUGAAAAGUUCAAUCAGCUGCCGUCUACCGCGGAGAACGAGAAACCCAAAAAGAUAUUUAUUCCCGGUGUUAAUGUGGGAGGCGCGAAACGAGCCUUCGAACGAAAGGCUAGUCUCUCGUCCGUAACCACGCCGCCUCCUACGAAAGCCAGUGCGUCUAAAAUUAUCAUCGCUGUUCCAUCCAACAAGAAAAGCGAGAAAGAUGAACAGAAGCAGACAAUGGAGAAUCGAGAGACGACGGUGGCCACUGAAGAUAAAUUGGAUAAGCGAGAUGAAGCAAAGAAACGCGCUAUCGAUAUUAUUAGUGGCGCGAUCGGUAAGCCUCCAAUGCAGAAGAAGUUGAAUGGCUCACCGCCGUUAUCGCCACCGCAUAGCACGGACUCUAAGAAACUCGGACUGAAGAUACAGGUAGCGCCGAAUGACGUGCGAACGGCCACGUUGUCAGUCUCUACACCGAUCGAGACGAAAUUUGGCCUUGAUAUUAAAUCAGCGGUACCGGAAGCAACUAUUACUAGUACGUCUGAUACAACUGGUAUGGAAAAUUUACAAUUGGAAGAACCCAAGAUAUCUAGUAAAAUGGAAAUAACGUUAAAGAGUGCAACGUUGCCUAGACGAAAAACAAGCAAAGCUGAAAUUACUUUGUCCGGGGUCAAAUCGCCAGAAAUUGUGGCGUUCAAGUCUGAGGUGGAAGCCAAGAUUGACGCUUUCCAACCACAGAAAUUGCGCACGCAGAGAUCAGAGGUGGCAUUUCCGGUUGCCGCGGCGGUGCCCCAUGCAAACAGAAGUUCAAGCUUAGAACCGGAAAGCAGACCUAAAGAUGUACCGCCCAGAGAAAGAAUUAUACCUAUCCAGGUAGAAGCAGAACUCGAGCAUACACAACAUUCAUCUACACCACCGCCUAAACCGCCAAUAUCUCAGAAGUCAAUGUCUCAAAGAUCAGGUUCACUGUCUCGCCAGUCGACCGCUGAUUCAGACACGGACAGUGCUCUCGGUUCAACUGUAGGACCGGAGCCGAUCAGGAAAAGUCCUAGAGAAUACAUAAUUCCUAUCGCGGUAGAGGGUGGCGGUUAUGUUACUCCUAGAUCGGGUAGUUUGGAGCCGGAGAAUAAGACUGGCACUUUAACAAGUACGAAUCCGUCGAGAUCCCGAUUCGGUAGACCAAGAAGAAUGAGCUCUCUUUUAUCGGAUGCUAGCGAAGAUGAAUCUCCCUUUUCUCCGUUGCAUGGGGAAGAUUUGUUGCAAAGACAUAUGCAUCGAUUGAGGAGUUCGCGACCGUCCAGGCAACCAUCCGAGCAUGCCGACAGCUUGUCGUCUGGCGAGGACGACGAUGACGACGGUUUCGAGCUAUUGACCGCGGAAAAUUUGUUCUCUACGUUGCUGUCCAGAGUGCGAAGUUUGACGCAACGACUCAACGUUGACGAUAAUCGAUCUGGCGGUUUCCCAAGCGGUAGAUUGUUCGGCAGACUCGGCUCCCAAUCGUCGCAGGCGUUUUGGGGUCUUAACAAACCAUUGUCCAGCUACGAGAGCUAUGUCGAAACACGGACCAUGACUACGCGGAUCUCGGAAUCGCAAUUUAAACAUUCUCUGAAUCGCGAUGCGGAUAUAUUUUCCAAGAGAGACUCCGCCAGUACUUCCAAUCCCGCAACUCCAAAUAGUCCUGGAUCGCGCAGCACUCCUUCCAGAGAAAAUGUCUUUGAAAUUGGAAACAACACUUUGCCAAGAGAUAAAGUAGAAGAAGCGCACGAAGAAGACGUGGAAGCGGAAAGAGCUACGCAAAUGAGGAAGGAGGCGCAAGAAUCUCUGGAGCAGAAUUUCACUCCCAGUUUGGCACGCAGAUUGAGCAGGCAAUUUAUCGAGCAAACCCGACAAUCUAUACCACGCUCGCCAUCCUCGGCACGCGACAACAGCAACAGGUACUAUCGGUCGCCAACGAGGGAUUUGGUACAGAGUCCGAUAGGCACGAACGAAAUCGCGAAACGAUAUUCGACUUCCGAUCGAAGCGAGUACAGAGGCAGAUCGCUCGAUCGAGGUAUCAGGAGGACCAACAGCUUGCUAGAGCCCUGCCAGUACGAUAGAUUGAAACGGCAUUCACCGCGAAGAAGCAUCAGUCUGUUCGACGAUGACGAGGACUGCGAUGAAAAGCUACUGCCACCUCUACCAAAGCAUAUAAUGACGCUCGGCCGCAAAUUGAAGGAAUCGAUUAGAUCGAACGUCGUUGGUAACGCGAGACGAGAUAGCUUUCACAGUUACAGAACGGACAAGAUCCAGGAAGAGCCCGGCGACGACACCUGCAAGGAGGAUGAUAUCGAUAACGUCGCGGAGAACAGCUCCAUAUCGGAAGGCUGCACAUCGAUAUCCGUGUGUAACUCGAACGCUAAUUCAAUGAUGGACGAUACCGUCGCCACCACCACCACCACCACCACCAUCGCCACCACUACUUUGAGCGGGUCAGCCAGAUCAGCCUGCUGCGAGGUCCCGCUCACGGAAUCCUCUCCCACGUCGAAUCUUGGUGACUAUAACAAGUCGAUUUGCAAAUCUGACAUCUCCUGCAAGAGUUUCGAGAACCGAUUGCUGGCGGCAGAGAAUUUAAUCAAGGAAUCGAAAUUGAAGAACUUGCAACAAUUCAAUCCGAAUCUCAGUUGCAAUUACAAGGAUAUAGAGAAAUGCGACAAGGAGACCCUGAUGACCACUACUUCCGAUCCAUUGUCGUCGGGCAACUCUGCCACGUCCAAGAGACGUAGUUGUAUCCCAAGUCUCAGAUUACGUUCGGGUUCGUUGACCAGAGAGUCGAGCGUAAGCGUGGAACGCGGAAAGUCGUUGGUCAGUUCAUCCGACGCAUCGGCUGGAGCACAGGUCGAGGAAAGAUCGAUCCUGAGCAAACUGUUUAGAGGUAGCGGCGCCAGCGUCAGCGGUAAGGAGGUCGAAUCGAGGAACGGCGAUAAGAGUGAAAAACCGAAACAGCAUCGCAUCUCGCGCUUCUUGCGACCGGACUUUUUCGACACACCGCGAGAGGAGAGCCAGUAUGUGAAAGAGAAGGAAGCGCAGAGAGCGGCGGAGAAUGAGCGCCGAAAGUCACGAUUUAUAAGGCGAAAAAAUGAGAACAAGGAGCGCAAGGAGGAGAACGAAAAGAUCUGCAAGGAACAGAAAAAUGAGAUAAACGCCCUGCAGAAGGAUAAACUGGGCAAUACCGUCGCAGCCUGCUCCUCUUUCUCCCCCGUCUCCUCUUCCUCCUCCUCCUCCUCCCCCCCCUCACCCUCCUCUUCCUCCUUCGAGGACAAAGAGAGAAGAAAGAUCGAACAAGGCUCGAAGAGUGGCUUUCUGCAUUCGUUGGAAAAGAAACUAGAGAGAUUGCGCUCGCAUGACGACGAGGCGACAACAGCUGCGACGAAACCGACGAUGAACGGCAGCUCGAUCUCGUCGAUAUCGGGCGAUCUCGUCGGAAAAGAACGCGGACUGCGCGAGUGCUCCGCGCCACCCGGAGUCGCGGAGCGUCCGUACGUGGAAUCGAGCUUGCUCGAGGUGAAGAGGACGUUGAGCGUGGAGGACCUCUCGCGCCGGGAUGAACGUUCGAACAAGAAAGACUGUACCGCAAAGAAUGUACCGUCCAAGGGACGGGUGUCGUCGGUAUUGGGCCUAUUCAAAACUAACACUGACACGACAAAGCGGAACGCGAACGCGAACAGCGGUGGCGGCGGCGGCGGCGGCAGCGGCAGCGGCCGGACGCAGAACGCGAUCAUGAGUAAAUUGAAGAGGAGCCCGCCAAAGUGUGCAAAGUCGAUCGAAUUGACUUUGGAGGAAGACGUUACCGCGGCGAGCAAAAUACCAACGAAAUAUGCCAGAACCGACAAUAAAUCGAAAAGACUAACGGAGAAGGUGGUGGUCGAGUGCAAAAAAUCGCCACCCAAGGAGAAAUCGAAGGAAAAGGAAAGGAAACCGAUUGCUCUCGUGGAAAAGCAAUCGAGGGAAGUUAAAAAGGUGCCUCCGGAAAGAGCCGCGCCGAAUUCCUCGGAUUCUUCGGCGUCGUUAUUCGCCGAUAAAAUCGCCAAGCUAGAGAAAGUGGAUUCGGCGAAAAAAUCGCCAGACCAACCGGAUAACGAUAAGAACGCAGAGUCCAUUGUCGGUAAUGAAAAUAAGAAACUGAUUAAGAGCAAAAGGUACGCAAAUUCUCUAGUAAGUAAGAACGCAGACGUCACGAAGAUCGACAGAGGCGAUUUCCCAUCGUCGACGAAGAAGCUGGUCAAGUCGAAAGAGGAUGCGGAUAAAGAGCAUGCGCUCGACAACGAUGGCUCUAAGAAGAAGAGAAUAGUACGCGUCGUCAGGAAAGUCGUGAAGAAAUCGUCUGACAAUCUCGAAGACAAAUCCGACGAGAAGGGAAAAUCGUUGAAAAAGCCGCUAACGAAGAAGAAAUCCACGACGACGAAGAAAGAGCCGAGUGUCACGGCGCAAGGCUCGAUCGAAGGAAACAAUGUCGAUCAUCGGACUGCCGCGAAAAUGGCCUGUGCAAAACAGGCGGAGCAACUGCCAAAGUAUGCCGAACGUGCCACGGAAAAUAUAAAUACGAGUCGGAUGAUUCAAAGUGAGGGAGGCAUUAAGGAAAGCCUGAUUCAUGCUGCAUCGGAUAAAUUCGAUGUAAAUGUAUCGUCUACCGACAUCUCGCAGGCUAAUUCUUUACCUUGGAACUUGCUGGAUCCGAGUUGUCACGGGCAAGUUGUUGCUUCGAGCGCUGGCGAAAGCGCUUUGUCCACGGACCAUCAUCCCCCAUCGUCGAACCCCGUCGUAGCUCGGCUCGACCCGAGCUUCAAUAGUCAGGUAAUCUGCCAGCUCUCGAAGCAACAACCGUCGUCCUUAUCGUCAUCGUCGUCAUCGGAACAUCGACCAAAUAGGGCAAAUCUGAAACUCGAUCUGUCAAAGAUACCGCAGCACGCGGUUAGACACGCGACUCCCAAAAAAGACUCGCCCGGCGGAUCUGGCGAGUCACCCAAAGAGAAUCCUAGAACGAUGGAUGACGACUCGGGCAAACUGAUGGAUCGACUGUCCAAGAUGACGCAUCGUGCCAACAUUACCGGCAACAAGAUAAUUAUCGAUAAACCGUUGCGAGCGAAGGACGUUGCCGAGCUGAUGAAGCAGCGAGAGGUCACCGAAUGUCCCAGAAUCAUCACGAUGGAGAAUCACGUGGAAUCAUGUUGCGACGAUCGCUCCAGUCAGCGAACUAGUAUCGAUCAGUCGCUGGCCUCGUCGCAACCUCGCGACUCACCAGACGACGACGACGACAACGACGACGAGGAGGAGGAGGAGCCUCGUCGGGCGCGAGAGAUCGCAGGAUCACAAGUUGAAAAUCAGAAAUCGAGAGAGACGGUCAUCAAGGUGACUCCUUCCGUAUCAGGAAUGUCGGAAAUCAACGACGUUACGACGAGGACGUCACUGGAUGAUCGUCGAGAUGUCAGCGAGAUGUUUUCGCCCGAGGAGCCCGAGAGUUUCGAUUCCUGGUCGAUCUGCUCGGCUGAUCUGAAUCACAAUCGCGGCGAUUUGCAUUCGCCGACGUCACCGUCGUACUCUCUAUUCAUGCGUGGCGCAUGCGACACGCAGAGCUCGGAAUCGGUCAUUGACCGAAUACGAAGACGCAGUUUCUAUUCGAGAUUCAACGACCGAAAGAGACCAUCCUUGACGGCGCCGCCACCAGGAGUGAGCAGCGUGACUCUGCCUAGAAGGUUCAGUUUCAACAGUUGUAGAGAAAGGGAGCGCGACAGAUUGUACAAUUACGGAGUUCCUAGGACAAGGACGAAGGAGAAAAGUUAUAUUUUGUGCGGCAACGACGAGGCGUCCUCUUCGAGAAAAUCACCGAUUGACCGAGAGAGAUACAGCGACGCGCUAAAUGUAUCGUCGUACGGUCAUCAGACGGAAGCGAGAACCUUAUUCGAUCAUUACGGUAGUGGUGGCUCGUCGUCUUCCGUCCACGAUUCUCUAAGAUACGCGAGGUCCCCGACGUUGGAUCUUGUCGCUUCUCGCGCCAAAUAUCACAGCGCAGACGUUAUCACAGCGACGCCCAACGAUCUCGCCGGAGUCUCGUACAAGAGUCCUAUGUCAAGAUCGUUUCUGAGCGACGGCAUGGCGGACUACUCUUCUUACUAUGGUAGGAACACGUCGACCACUUUGCCGAAAAAGUAUGGUUCUACCGUUGGUGGCCUAGAACCCAAGAGCGUAGAGUAUUACGAGGAGAUUCUCUCACCGAGCAAUCCCGACUGUCUGUCGCCACGCGAUACCUGCCGAUCGCCUUUGUUGGAUAUCUAUUUAAACAGAUGCGAAAACGAAUGUAAUCACAAUGGUAAUUUGAAUUCGCAACAGUUUAACGUCGAUAAACCAAUGGGCUACACUGCGGAUGCGGAGAUUAUCGAAGAGGACUGUAAGCUGUCAGGAUGAACGAAAAAGAAACACAAUGCAACGCUUCGGUGAAAUGGGACGGGGGAUGCGUCCUCGACAGCUGCGAAUAUCCUAUCGAAUAUCCUAUCUGUUACCGAACGGAAUUGACUUUAUUCAGACGAAAAGUAAUUUUGUAAAAUAUUUGAUAAUAUACCGAACGCAUUUUACAAUACGAUUUUAUAAUACAAGUUUGCAACAAAGUGUCUCGCGCUUCUUCGUCACAGCGGUGAAAUAGUUGCGAUGGCAUUAAAAAUGGCACGAUGAAUAUUAUUAAAUGGUCAAAUAUGCAUCGUCGUGUUAAAACACACGCUCAAGUUUCAAAAUUGCUUUUUUACAAGAAGCUGUUUUAAAAUCCCUUUUUGUGAUCUAAUUUUCUAAGAAGCCCGCGAAGAAUUUACGUUUAAUACAAAAGUGCCCAGAAAUUUUAUAUUUAUUUUCCUUUCUUUUUCAUAUUACAUCAAAAAUGAGAAAAGAAAUGUGAAAGAAAAUAUCGAUUAUUUUUUCAUCGUACAAAUUUAAGUUUUUUCUCUCUAUUGUCACAGAGAGGAUGUAAUUGUUAACCGAUAUCUUCUCUAUGAUUAAAUAUAGGCUAAGACAGCACUUUGUGUCUUCGAUAUUUAUAGAAAUAUAAAUAUAAUAAUUGGCAGCUGUUCUUAUUGUAGCUUUCGCAGCGAUAAAAAAAUCUUGCCAUUUAUUGGCCAUUUAUGGUCCAAAGUAUUAACUUGACAAAUUUAAGCUGCGUGAAAUCUUUUUAUUGGAGGGAUUUUUUUUAUUGGAAAAGUCUAUCGAAUCAAUUUUUAUCAGUUUUUAUCAGUAAUUGUCAUAAUUAUCUUCAUCGCGAGGAUAAAAACAAUUUGUAAAUACGUGAAUACUUUAAGAGUAAACUAUCGAAUAUAUUAUUGACUGGCAGCAAGAAGAUUAUCUAUAGCGUCACAUCAAUUAACAAUUAAUUAAGUCGAGUCGCUCGAAGCGGCGUGACGUAACGAAAUAGGCCAAAGACUAGUGUAAAAGAGAAAGCGCGAACGAUGCGUUCAAGUUCCUUAGACAAGUAUCGCUUUAUACAGUCAAAUUUUCGUAAUUCUUCUAUAAUCUUUUCACAUGUAAAAGAAAGAUAUAAAAUAAUGAGGAGAAGAAACAGAGAGCAAGGGGGCGGGGGGGGGGACGGCCUCCCAUGGCGGGGGAUUGUUACGGAAAGAGGAACAAGGAAGAUAACGGGAAGACAUAAAGGAAGAAAUACGAAAGUUUACUUAUGUUAUGUAUGUACUUGUGAAAACAGUUGCCGAUUUUAAUCAAAGUUCGUGAAACGAUUGAAAAAAGAAACAACGAUUUUAGAGGCCUAAAAACUUAUGAGAGUGAUCAGCCUCAUGGUCUUCCGCUUGUUACGUAUGUGUUUUCUAUUGAUAUACAUAUUUUAAAAUAAAUAUCGAUACUCUUGAAA